GCCCCACAUGUUAAUCCCUUCCUGCCCAGUGCCAUUAGUACAGUGUCAGUGCUUUCUAUUAGCACUGAUCAAUGUAUUGGUGUCACUGGGGAUGUCAGUGACACCAAGUCAGUUCCCCCCAGUGCCAGAAUGCCCGCCGCAGUCCUGCUAUAAGUUGCUGAUCACCGCCAAUACUAGUAAAAAUAAAAAAUCCCAGUAUAUAUACCGCCAUUUGUAAACGCUAUAACUUUCACGUAAACCAAUUAAUUUACACAUAUUGGGAUUUUU